AUCAUUUAGAGCUGUGUACUCUAAUCCCUCUCAGGGAAAUACUCAACUGCAAAGAUAAUGUUAUCAGCUGGUCAAGAGCUCAGUUUUUGUCACUUCCAUCAUGUUUUCUACUCAGGUUCUGUUAUGUUGUGUAGUUGGUCUGCCAACAGUUUUAUCUUUGACAGUAUGUCCCUCAAAUGAUGCCUUCGAAAGAGUGACUUGUCCUGACUAUUUCUACUGCUGUGGUACACACCAAUGCUGCAAGCUGACAUUCCCUGAAGAAGAUGCAGAGGGGGAAUCAUCGUUCAAUGAUUGGUUGUCAGCGUUCUGUGUUCGCAUUGUCAUCUUGAGUGUGUUCAUGAUAAUACUCCUUGCUAUAGGAAAAGUCAUCCAGUACUGCAAGAAACAUUACUUAGGUAAACUAUGUCCUGGAAGCAGUAACCUUCCUCGUUACAAACCAUUGGACAAAAACUCUAUUGCAUCAGAUAUUGACACCAUUUCUGCACUGGUUGGAACACCCAUCUAUCAAGUCAACAACGCUCGAAUUGGAGGUGCGCCCAUUUAGCGUGAGAUUUAAAAGCUCUACAUUGUAAAUAAUAUGUUACAUAACUGUACAUGUUUGUAAAAUUAUAAAGUUUUUACAUAACA